GCGAGCGCGUGCGUCCUCGCCUCCGCCCCCACCCGCCCCCAUUCUUCUCUCCGCCAGGACCCUCGUGGCCCCCCACCCCCGCGCCCGGGCCGUCUAUGCGUCGGGCCCGCUGACCCCGCCGGCCGCCCCGAUGUACAGCAUGAUGAUGGAGACCGACCUGCACUCGCCGGGCGGCGGCGCCCCGGCCCCCACGAACCUCUCGGGCCCGGCCGGGCCGGGCGGCGGGGCCGGCGGCGGCGGCGGCGGCGGUGGGGCCAAGGCCGGCCAGGACCGCGUGAAGCGGCCCAUGAACGCCUUCAUGGUGUGGUCCCGCGGGCAGCGGCGCAAGAUGGCCCAGGAGAACCCCAAGAUGCACAACUCGGAGAUCAGCAAGCGCCUGGGCGCCGAGUGGAAGGUCAUGUCCGAGGCGGAGAAGCGGCCGUUCAUCGACGAGGCCAAGCGGCUGCGCGCGCUGCACAUGAAGGAGCACCCGGAUUACAAGUACCGGCCGCGCCGCAAGACCAAGACGCUGCUCAAGAAGGACAAGUACUCGCUGGCCGGCGGGCUGCUGGCGGCGGGCGCGGGCGGCGGCGGUGCGGCCGUGGCCAUGGGCGUGGGCGUGGGCGCGGCGGCCGUGGGCCAGCGCCUGGAGAGCCCCGGCGGCGCGGCGGGCGGCGGCUACGCGCACGUCAACGGCUGGGCCAACGGCGCCUACCCCGGCUCGGUGGCCGCGGCCGCGGCGGCCGCUGCCAUGAUGCAGGAGGCGCAGCUGGCCUACGGGCAGCACCCGGGUGCGGGCGGCGCGCACCCGCACGCGCACCCGGCGCACCCGCACCCGCACCACCCGCACGCGCACCCGCACAACCCUCAGCCGAUGCACCGCUACGACAUGGGCGCGCUGCAGUACAGCCCCAUCUCCAACUCGCAGGGCUACAUGGGCGCCUCGCCCUCGGGCUACGGCGGCCUCCCCUACGGCGCCGCCGCCGCCGCCGCCGCCGCCGCGGGCGGCGCGCACCAGAACUCGGCCGUGGCGGCGGCGGCGGCGGCGGCGGCCGCGUCGUCGGGCGCCCUGGGCGCGCUCGGCUCGCUCGUCAAGUCGGAGCCGAGCGGCAGCCCGCCGGCCCCCGCGCACUCGCGCGCGCCGUGCCCCGGGGACCUGCGCGAGAUGAUUAGCAUGUACCUGCCGGCCGGCGAGGGCGGGGACCCGGCGCAGAGCCGCCUGCACGCGCUGCCGCAGCACUACCAGGGCGCGGGCGCCGGCGUCAACGGCACGGUGCCCCUGACGCACAUCUAGGCCCGCGACUCUCUGUACAGUAUUUAUCGCGCCCCGGCCGGACGCGCGGGGCCCCCGCGCCCCCGGGGACGAAGCGCGCGCGGGCGCCCGGCGAGGCCCGGCGAGGGAGGCCCCGCCGCCGCCGGCCCGGCGCCCGGCCCAGCCCGCGGCCGCGGGAGUUUUGUAGUCUACCGCUUUCGGGUUGGUUUGUUAAUUUAUACAAAGAGAUUCCCACUCCCCUUUCAGAUGGCAGCAUUAUAUUCUGGGUUUUGUAAAACUUUAUGUAUCUGGAAAUACCCCUUCUCCCCCCCACUUUUUUUUUUUUGGUUUUGUAUGAUUUCUUGUAAAUGCAUUGUGAAAUUUUUAUUUUAGCCGUUGCGUGGUGGGGAGGGGGGAGGGGGCAAUUCAAAUCAUGUACAUAGUUUCCUAAAAAGAAAAGAAAGAAAAGCCUUUCUUCUAAAAAAAAAUUGGAAAGACCCCCCCCUUCUUUAAGAAAUGCACUGAGUUUUGAGUGAAUAAAUUCGAAGAGCAAGAAGGUGCUCCGUGCCCCCUACCCCCAUCGAUUUGAAACGUGCAAUUUGCUAUGCAUGUUUUGUGAGUUCAGAAUGCGGUUGGUAAAUCUGGAAAGAAAAGAAAAAGGAAAUUAAUUAUCAGCAUGAACUAAGUGUGAGGGUCCCCAGGGAGUGAGAGGGUUUUCAGGGAAGGGAGGAAAGUUACAGCCACACGCCGUAGAUUUUGUAGAGUUGACAGUUUUAAGAAGGAACGGAAUAAUGACCCCCAGGCGGAGUCCGGUGGCCGGCGGCACGCUCGGUCUCUUGGAGGCGGGCAGGACACCUCCAGCUGCCGGCUGGCCCGGGAGGAGGAGCGGGGCAGAGACGCUGCAGGCCUCAACUAACCGCGGAAGAAUGCCUGAUCCCGGGAAAGCCCUCGCCCUCGGGCCGUUUCUCCCUGGGGGCGGGAAAGGGGCAAAGCAAUCCUGCUGGCUUUCCUCCUGGCUGCACCAGGAAAGGAAUUCCGUUGGUUUUUCCCCCACUGCUUCGGUCCCCACCGUCCCUCCACAGAACCGGGAAUGUUUGUUCCCGAACUGGAGCUGAGGUUGUUUGAUGCUUUAAAUUUUUUAACAAUAUUUUUUCUAGGUGUUUAUGGGUACAUUGCAGGUUUUUUCCCACUGGAAUUUAAAGUUUUCUGUAAAACCUUGUCCUCCAGUAAUCUGACAGCAUUAAAUAUUGCAUUUAAAGUUAUACUGUAGCAAAUAAGUUUGAAAUUAAUCACAACGAAGAUGAUAAAAUUAUAUUUUUGGAAAAAAACCACUUUGGGCUGAUAAAAAAACAUUGGGGACACCCGCCCCGCUUUCUGCCUCUCUUUCUUGUCCUGGGACACACAGACUGUCCAUCCAAACUGGGCCUUCCUGAGAGGUCGGGAGAACCGGCCCUGCCCUGGAGAAGAGCUUUAAGUAAAACUUCCCUGGCAACUGAUGUGUGUGAGUUUUUGGAGUUGUCUGAUAAUUCUGCUUCGACCACCCAUUCCUUUAAGUGAUGGCAAAAAAAAUAAUGGUGUCCACUCUCGAACAGGACAAUAAAAUUCUCUCUCUUUUCCUUCACUUCCCCCUCUGUCUCAGCAGCCCGACCCUUUGUGAAGCAGCGUCUGUCUCGAGGUCUGAGUGUCUUGAGGCUGCGUGUGUGUUUGGGGUGGGGCAGUGACAGACACACACCCUCGGGGAGCCUCGAGGUUCCAGGACGCUGGUGACCCCCACCCGGCCGGCUCUGAAACAGACCAGGCCCCACGCUGGCUCCUGCUUCCUCGGGUGGAGCUGCCGCUUGCGCCUGUGCCCGCCGCUCUCUGCUAGAUUCUGGUCGUCCGCAGCUGGCCUGGACGGCACCGGUGGUCCUGCCUGCCGCAUGGGGGAGAAGGGUUCGGGCUGUCAGAGUCGGGGGCGGUCAGCCCAGCCCUAGCCCCCGCGAGGAGUGCCCUCCGGGCCACAGGCUUCCUGUGGAGCGCCGCUUGGAAGCCCCGAGGCCUUUCCUGAAAUUCUGCGCUGUCCUGCGGGUUGCCAGGACCGGGAGGAGGGCACCGAAACAGAUCUCUUGCCAGAGCCCCUGUAAGAAGCCAGGCAGGCGACCCGGGAGGGGAGCUGGGCCUCGCCCGGCCGGCAGGAGGCCGCUCCGCUCAGCCUGUCCCUUUGGAAGGCGGCGGAUGGGACAGGCCCGCUCGCUUGGCGAGUCCCUUUCUCGGCGGUUUGGCGCUGCCCCUCGGUGCGCUCCAGGGUCCCUGAUCUCUGACCUGUCCUCUCGGUUCCCAAGUCAGGGGGCUGCGGCGCUGGGAGCCCCUUGGGGACCUUGCUCAAAGUUUGCUGGGAGGGGGGUGGAGCGGCGGGGCUCGCGCUCAGGACCGCUUACUUCGCGGGAGCCCCUUAUUUUUUUUUGUUAAAACGCACGGCCCUUUCCCCGCCGCGGCCGGCGUUAAAACUCGGACACGCUGUCCCCAGCCGAGGAGACCCGCCAGCAGCCGGAAGCCGGCGCGGGACCGGGCGGGCCGCAGGGGCGCCGCGAGCGCAGCAGAGAGGCGCUGCUGGCCUCGGGGGAAGGCAGAGCUGGCCGGGAGACACGCCCGUGCAUCCUCCAGCGCCCUGCCCCAGUGGUCCGCCAGAAGCAUCCUUGGAAGACGUUGGCAGAUCCCAGUGCUGGCGUUUUUGCCACCGGACAGCCGAGAGCGGCUGCAGGGCGGCUGAGGCUGCUCAGGGGACGCCGUGCAGCCUCGGCGUCUCUCCCAGCUGCCGGGGAUCCGUCAGUGGUGUUCAUCUGAGCAAGACACUGGAGAUUCCCUGAGAUUUUGACACAGAUAAUUCUACAUCAGCCAGUAAAGACGUGUCGCUCCUUCCCCACCAGCUGGUGACGUCGCUGCUCUCUUCCCUUCCUGGGUGGGCUCCAGCUGCCCUCCCUGGCUCCCAGCCCCCGAGGCGCCCUUUGGCCCCGGCACCUGAACACCCCACCUGUUCUCUCCGUCGGCUUGUUUCCCGAGCCUGGCUUCAGCCGUGCCGUGGGAGUGCUUCCUCCACUCUGCCGAGCCUCGGCCCCGCCAGAACCGGCUCCCGGGGCUCCGUCUCUCUGCGUUUCUCUGUCUGUGGUGUGUGACUCUCACGGGUCGGACUCGCCCUCCCCGGGACCCUUCCCUUACUGUUCUCUCUCCUCUCCCCUUGCUCUCGCUGCUGCUUUCUUGGAGAGCAUCUUCUGUUAUUAUACUGAUUGAUUUCCAGUGAUCAGA